AGCUCUGUCUCUAUCGGUUCUUCCUGGACUCGCGGACUCGCGCUCCAUCCCGUUGCGGCUGGCGUGACGCUGAUCGCGUUCCUGCCGAGUCUCUCGAGCCACAUCACCCUCCGUCUUUUCGCAUCCCUCGCGUCCUUCCUUGGAGGCACCGUCGCCUUCAUCGCCUUCCUCCGAGUCGUCGAUGUCGCGCUCUACGCGUACGUGAAGAGCGAAGUCGGCAGGCUAGACAACGUCGACGCGCAUACAGAUACCGCGCCCGGUACGUAG